AAUCAAGAAAAAAAAUAAAAAUACUAUACAAAUAAUAAAGGAAAAACGCAUCAAUGUCUCUCUCCCCAAUCGAUUGUUGACGCAAACCAGAGGAGGCUUCUUUUCCCCAUCCUUCAUCUUUUCGUCUCGAUACUGUAUUAAUCAAUGGCGGAAGACCGGAGAACCUAAUCUCUCUGACGAAUCGGUGGAGCAGUGAGGAUUUUGAUCACACUUUUUGGCUCUAGCGAAGAGCCGUAGUGCCUACGAUUUGCUGGGCGCUGGUAGUCAGCAUAGAUUUUGUUUUUAGGGGAGAUAGGGAUUGAAGGAUAAAAAUAUUAAAGCUUGGAGAUGGUGGAGUCAUCAAAGGAAGAGCUCUUGCAGCUGAUCAAGCGGUUUGGAGCUUAUUUGAGCGUUAAGAUGUCGAAUUUCGUCCCGAUCUCACUCCGUAAUCUGGAUUCUCGGUCUGCUGGGGCCAUAGCAGGCCUUGCUCUUGCAGUGGUUUUCACUUGGAGAUUGUUGAGGUCGCCUAGUGUGCCCCAGAGAAGGCAACCAAAAAGACAUACUCCUACAACCAGCACUUCUUCUGCAGGGACACAAUCAAAUGUAGCAUCAAUGCCUUCUGGAGCUUGUUCAUCUUCAGAGAAUUUGAGAGCCCAGAAUGUUGUUGAUGAGUUCUUCCAGCCUGUAAAACCAACUUUGGGGCAAGUAGUGAGGCAAAAGUUGAGUGAAGGCAGAAAGGUAAUGUUCUUGACAUUAUUUAAUUUGAAGCUGGAUAGCUCAUUGCCUGUUGGGGUGCAGAGUGGAGUCACUUGUCGUUUGCUUGGAGUAAUCCUUGAAGAAAAUACACCAGAAGAGCUCCAGAAACAAGCAACAAUCAGAUCCUCUGUUCUAGAAGUUUUGUUUGAGAUCACCAAGUUUUGUGAUCUUUAUCUCAUGGAAAGAGUUCUUGAUGAUGAAAGUGAACAAAAAGUACUUGCUGCUUUAGAGAAUGCGGGAGUUUUCACCUCUGGGGGUUUGGUCAAAGACAAGGUCCUCUUUUGCAGCACAGAAACUGGACGCACAUCUUUUGUUCGCCAACUAGAACCAGACUGGCAUAUUGACAGCAGUGCUGAAAUUGUUACCCAAUUAGCUAGGUUUAUCAAGUAUCAACUCCAUGUCUCUCCAACAAAACUUGAACGGUCGCCUGGAAACGUUUUCAGCUCUUCAUCACUGGAACAGUUCUUCGGAUUAGUAUGAUGCAUCAAACGGUGCAGAUAAUAGUCUUCAAUGUAGUUGGUCUUAUUCAUUUAAGUUCCCGAUGGUUUAUAUCAUAGCUCACGGAUUCUAGGCACAUUUGCGAUCGGAAUUUUUUGUGAUCGAAGUAAAAAAAGUAAAGGUUGUGUAUGUAUUGCUCAUUGUUCUGUGUUGAAGCUUCUACGCGUUUGAUGUUUGUGGGUUAGUGUUGGGCAAGAUCUGAACUUCCGUUGGUUGGAAAUUUUCACAUGUCAAACCUGUUAUGUCUCUGUAAUCACAUGGAAGGAUGUGAAAUUGUUCACGAAAGUUUCGGACGCUUGUCUCGUGGCGGUGCGUGCUGCUGUUUUUUUGUCUGCCUAAGGUUGUGUUUACAUGAGUCUGUAGAUGAUGCAUGCAUUUCUAUCGAAGCUUUAUUGUGCAACAGA